CAGCGUGACCAAAGCCAAUAAGGACUACACAGCUCUUUGACGCACAAUCGUACAUCAGGAACCCAUGGGAACAUGCCCUAGCGCGUCAGUCUUUGUUUUGUUGCUCGUGCUUCUUGUAAGCAUCAGCCUCACUUCAGUAAUGGCUGCGGCUGAGCCCACUCUCUCUCGGAAGGAACAUUUGGAUGCUAAGAGGGCUUUUGACCGGGUAAAGCAACACCCUGUGACGGACGGAGAUGGGCCCCUCAUUGAAUACAAGGCAGCAGACGGGACCAUGAAAACCAUGACACAGGCCGACCUCCAGCAGCGUCUGCAGCAGCAAGACGCCGUGCUCCCCCAGCUGAACGAGGACGGCAGCACACUGACCAAAUCAGAGGAAGGAAAAGCCACGCUUGAGGAGGUGCGUGGCACGCUGAAGACCAAGGACCCCUACUUGUCGCGCAUGGUCGAGGCCUCCCAGUUUGCAUUGCACAGACUGCAAGCGGACGGGGCGCUGGACAAAGAAAUGCGGCUGAAGUCACUCCAUACUGUGGAGGAGGAGGGACCUGAGGGAACUUCUACGUUGGACGCGGACCAUAUCAAGCUCCAUCUGCGUCUGGUGGUGGAAGAUGAGACGAUGCACCAGGAAGAGGUCGAGGUCUUGCUAGAGGGCGGGGACGGACAUGGGGCGCUGACACAUGCCUGGCGACUUGUAGGUGAGGAUAAAGUGGCCAUCGCCCUCUCCUUCCCUGAGGCAUCGCCACCUGCGUCGUCCUGGGGAUGGCUCUCGGUGCUCACGGGCGUCAUAAAUGGCGAGCGUGUCCUGCUAACUGGCAGGGAGUGGUCCCCAGGGAUGGUUUGGAUGCUGGGAGGCGGCUUUGUGUGCGUCGCGGUUGGAUUGACGUUGGUGGUCACGAGCGCCGUUGGCAAGAAGUCAGGCAGGGGGGCCUCCAGAAAGGGGGAUUGAAAGAAUUCAAGUUGGCCCGGAAUAUAAAGAUAAUCAAGACCUAGAAAUUGUAAGAAGAAUAAAUUGAUCCCGGAGGGCGCUACUCGCCGCCUCCUGCAAGUG